GGCCGUCCCGGCGGUCGUUCCGCGGCCCGCCCCGUCCCGUUCCCCUCCGGGCGGUGCCCGCCGAGUCCCCGCUCCCCCCGCGGGUCCCCCCCGCCCCUCCCCGAGCCCCGGCUGUCCCGGGAGCACCGGAAGUGGCGUGCGGGAAGCGGCGGCGGCACAACAUGGCGGCCUGAGGCGGAGGAGCCGCCGCUUCCUCCCGCUCGUCCCGCCGCAGGAGGGAACAGAGGCCGCAGCCCGCUGUCAGGAUGCAGUACUCCCAUCACUGCGAGCACCUGCUGGAGAGGCUGAACAAGCAGCGAGAAGCCGGCUUCCUUUGUGACUGCACCGUCGUCAUCGGCGAGUUCCAGUUCAAGGCGCACAGAAAUGUGCUGGCUUCCUUCAGCGAGUACUUCGGGGCGUUCUACAGGGACGCCUCUGACAACACCGUCGUUUUGGAUCAGACUCAAGUGAAGGCUGAUGGAUUCCAAAAACUCCUGGAGUUUAUUUACACGGGAAACUUAAACCUUGACAGCUGGAACGUCAAAGAAAUUCACCAGGCUGCCGACUAUCUCAAAGUAGAAGAAGUGGUGACUAAAUGCAAAAUAAAGAUGGAAGACUUUGCUUUUAUUGCUAAUCCCUCUUCUACAGAGACAUCUAGCAUCACUGGAAACGUUGAAAUGAAUCAGCAGACUUGCCUUCUGACUCUCCGAGAUUACAACAAUCGGGAGAAAGCAGACGCUCCUCCUGCAGAGUUGGUUCAACCACAGGCAAAGAAAUCAGCUUUAGAAAAGAAAUCCGCUCAAACCAAAAAGCGAAAGAAGAAUUUCAGCUCCCCCAAAAGCGUACAGAGUAAAUCAAUACAGUACCAGAAUGAUGUGACUGAGAACGCAUCGAUUGAAAUGUUUUUAGAUGCAAAUAAGCUGGCCACGCAGAUAACAGAGCAGGCUGCCCAAGGCAGCGAUAACUCCGAACUCCAGUUGGCAGCUGUGGUGGAAAGCGAAACGCUGGCAGCGCAAGAUAUUUUAGUUCAGACUAUUGCAGCAAAACAAAAACGGGGGAAGUCUCAGCAGAACUGUGCGCUGAAGGAGCACUGUAUGUCCAAUAUAGCCAACGAAAAGAACACUUACCAGCUGGAAAGUUCAGGAGAGGAACUUGACCAGAAGUACUCCAAAGCUAAACCGGUGUGCAACACGUGUGGAAAAGUCUUCUCGGAAGCCAGCAGCCUCCGCCGGCACAUGAGGAUACACAAAGGAGUGAAACCCUACGUGUGCCAGCUGUGUGGGAAGGCGUUCACGCAGUGCAACCAGCUGAAAACCCAUGUAAGAACUCACACAGGGGAGAAGCCAUACAAAUGUGAGCUGUGCGACAAAGGCUUUGCCCAGAAGUGCCAGUUAGUGUUCCACAGCCGGAUGCACCACGGCGAAGAGAAGCCGUACAAGUGCGACGUGUGCAACCUGCAGUUCGCCACUUCGAGCAACCUGAAGAUUCACGCCAGGAAGCACAGUGGCGAGAAGCCCUACGUGUGCGACCGCUGUGGUCAGCGGUUCGCCCAGGCGAGCACGCUCACCUACCACGUGCGUCGCCACACAGGGGAGAAGCCCUACGUGUGUGACACCUGUGGAAAAGCCUUUGCUGUCUCGAGUUCUCUCAUCACCCAUUCCCGAAAACAUACAGGAGAGAAGCCAUAUAUCUGUGGCAUUUGUGGAAAGAGUUUUAUUUCCUCUGGAGAGCUCAAUAAACAUUUUCGGUCCCAUACAGGUGAAAGACCAUUUAUCUGUGAAAUGUGUGGAAAUUCUUACACAGAUAUAAAAAAUCUUAAGAAGCACAAAACGAAAGUUCACACAGGAUCCGAAACUCCCCCUGAUUCUAAUACACUCGAUAAUUCUUUCAAUGAACAAGAAUCCAUUCAGAGUCAGAAAAGUCCUUUAUCAGAGUCCAUAGAUGUGAAACCCUCUGAGAUGUCUUUACCGCUUCCCCUUCCCAUUGGGACUGAAGACCAUCAGAUGCUGCUUCCUGUGACGGGCAGUCAGUCUCCUUCGUCAGAGACAUUGCUAAGAUCCGCUGUGACUGGAUAUUCAGAACCUCAGUUUAUUUUCUUGCAGCAGUUGUACUGACAGCGCACAACAGAGCCACAAGGUAAUCCAGCAGUGAACUUGCAUACGUUUGGUAAAGAUGAACAUAAUCAAGUAGUCACACUUUUUGAAUUGGACUUGUUCUUUUUUUUUUUUCUCUGUGUAAAAAUCCUUGUAAGGCAUUUCCAUUGUACAGUGCUGUCUUUCCUUUUUUCCUUUGGUUGAACUGUGCUAAUCUACAAUCAAAUUUCUAUUUGUAAUUAACACUGAUUUCCAGGAGACGAUUCCUUUUCAGCAACACCUGCCUUAAGAAUUCUCUGUUAAGUAUGUUAAUGCAUUUUUGGAGAUCAUUUUCUGUGUUCCUGCUGAUCUGACGUGUGACAGUGUCAUCCGAGCACCGGAGCAGGUUGCAAGAGAGGCUGUGGAGGCUCCCUCCCGGGAGACCUUUAACAGCCGCCCAGACAAGGCCCUGGGCAACCUGCUCUGGGUGUCCUGGCUUGGGCGUGGGGGUAGGACCCGAGGGCCUCCAGAGGUCCCCUCUCGCCUCAAACCAUUCUGUGAUUUGAGAACAUUUUAAGCCAUAUUUGAUAGUUUAGGAUAUCAACCCAGAGUUCUAGAGGGAAAAAUCAGAAUUUGACUGCUAACAAGCGUGUAGGUCUGCAUUCGGAGGUGAUACAGUGUACGUGAUGGAAGGCGGGGCAGCACUGUGGCGAGGUCCUGUCAAAGAAUUACUGCUGCCGGCCAGAAGCAGCCUGUCUUCGGUUCAGUCUGACCAGAGGGAAAGCGAGCUUGGUGUAAUGUCCCUGACGAGGCAAGUAAGGGGAGGUUCUUCAGCAUGGCAAGUCAGAGGGCUCUAAUGGCAUAGAUACUGCUGCGUAUUCUUUUCAACAAGUCACUCUGUGUUUUGUUUUGUUUUUUUAAUGAAUCUAGCGUUGUUGUAUCUUGUCCCAGAUUUGUUUUUCACAUCUCUGAAACAUCCUGGGUUUGGCAGAAACAGCAGUGUUUGCUAAAAAGAGCUGGAACGUGCACGUUGUAGAUGAGACAAAAAGACACGUUGACUUAAUUGUGAGGCGUGAACCAUAGCUUCAUAAUUAUCAUUUCUGUGACAGUAGUACUUGUUGUGCUAGAAAGGAGGUACAAAAGAAGAAACAAACACUGCCCUUCACUGUGAAAAUACUAAAUGAAUGCUACCUGAGGGGGCAUUAAGAAGAAUACAACAGAGCAGAUUAAUUUUCUUUCAGGCAUGGGUUUAUUAGAGCGUGACUGAUUUGUUUUAAUUGAAGUAUUUAUGUAUUGCUUUACCUCUCACGUUGCUUGUCCAGUGUAACUGCACACAAUUGGUAUCUAGCAAGACCCUUGUAAAGGUAUGUUUUACUACUAGCCAUUUAAAUUUAAAAAAAAGCAACAUCCAUAGUGUCCUGGUAGGGUCGUUAGUUAAAGACUACUUGACAGUAGGAGUACUUUUAUGCUCCGUUUUGCCAGUUUGUGCCAUUAGCAUAAUGUAAGCAUUAUCUAAGUAAUCAUCAAAUAGUGAGAAACAAUCGUAAUGCUGUACUAACAAGACGUUUAAAGAUAUUAUUUGUUGGUUAUUUACUUGGUGCUAGCAUUUUAUUCCCGCUGAUGCCUUGUGUCCAGACACUGAUAAAUCGAAGGGCAUAGGAGAUACCUCUUAACUAAUUCUGUUCUACGUGGAGUAAUAAGUAAUCUGCACCUUAAUUAAAAAGCCUUGUGAAAAAAUUCUUGGAGGACUUCAUUUAAAUAUUCUGCAAAUGGUCCCUUGACUCCUGAGCAUGACUAUUGUUUUCUUUUAAUUUCUAUGUUUGUGCUUAUGAGGUAAUAGACCUUUUACUUCUUUGUGUUGAUCAUCUUUGUAGGCUGCAUGUUUAAAACCGCUUCUUGAUCAUAUUUUAGGUUUUAAUCAUGACUAAUUUGAUAAAAAUCUACCAAGGACAGCGUGGAGUUCCACAGGAACAUUCUUAACGCAGGCAUCUCCCACUGUCCCCCAAAGCUAAUUACUGCUCUAUCUUCCUCGCCUUUAUUUUCUUUGCUUAUUCAUAGCACAGCAUUUAUGAACAGCUGCUCUCCUUCAUACUGCUGACAAAGGACAAUAGAUGAAGUUCUCAGAUUUUCUUGUUUGGCAUUGCCCUCCCCCCCCUUUUUUCAGGUUUCUGUUGUUGAUGUAGUAGCUGAAGGAUUCCUUAGCUAGCUGGCACUGACAAAUGGCAAAGAUCUUGACCCUGUGUUAACAAAAGUGAGCCGUGUAGCUUGUCCUAAGGCUUUACUUUCUCUUUCUGAAAGUAGAUCAGAAGUCUUGGGAUAGACCUAGGCUUAAUCAUGAGUGCUGAAAAAAAGAACAAAGAUGUACAACUGAUACAUUUAAUGUUUAACCAACUUGGGAAGAUAAACUAAUGAUACACUGCUGUUUUCUGAAGAAAAGCAUGUGAAGAUUAAUAUAUCCAGGAUAAAAGACAGCAAGAGAGAAAUAGUGCUAGGAAAAAAACCACACAUUCCUACAUAGAAAAUGCAUUCCAUAAUAAUGUUUGUUUGGACUGUUUUUAUAUUUCUAAAAUUAUAGCUUAAUACCGUAUUCUUAGAUUUUCAGACUUUUUUAAAGAACAGUGGUUAGAUUUAUACAGGAUUUGUUUAGAUAUUUAAAAACAGUAACACUUUCUUUAUUAGUCAUUUAGUUUUCUUUAUAGACAAGAAGAUAAUCAUUAUUUUUUACAAGACAACAAUUUUAACCUUUCUUAGUAGAACACACAGGCUUGUAGUUUUGUCUUGGAGCAAUAAUUUAGUGACCUGCACUCUUCAGUCCUCAUCUGAGAGUCUCGAUUCCUAUCCUCAUCUCUCGUGAAGAUAUCUCAGCUGCUGAGGUAUGAUCUCUAUUAACUGUAUUCAUUUACUAGAAUAUAGAUUUUAAAUAUAUAUAGAUAUUAAAUAUAUAUAUUAAAUUUGUAGGAAUGUUCAUGCUGAGUGCUGUAGGGCCUGAAGAAGCAGGUCUGCACUGUACCUUUUGCUGAUAGAUGCAUGGAAAUCAGCUGCACAUUAAAUCAUAGGCUUAAGGAUUCCAAGUUCAUUUUGGAGGCGCAAGGCUUAUAACAGUAUUGGUAAUUUCUUUAAGGGAUUAAUAGAAGAAAGCAUGGAAUUGUUUUUUUAGGGAGAAUUCUCAUUCUUAAAACCUACUUGCAAAAUGAAAGAGGAUAUAUUAAUAAUUCCAUUAACAGUAAUUUAGAGAGAAUGACGUGAUUUAUCUCAGCAACGCCAUUGUUUCAGUACUGUUUCAGUCAGUUUUGCACUAAAGUCGGUGCAAGUUUUGCCUAAAUAGAUUAUCUACAUCUAUAAGUUUCUGAAUUGGCUGUUUUGAAAUAUUUAUGUUAGAAUAACUCCUUAUAUGGCACUUACUUACUUCUGGAUUUGUGUCUAUAUGUGGGCACAAAGCAUGACAACUUCCCUAAAAUCAUGUAUUUCAAGAAAAUUUUUGAGGAUGGACAAGUCCCACAUCAAGGACUUCAGGGCUGUGAUCUUGGAGAGGCUAUCAAUAAGCCUUGCAGAAUUAAGAUAAAGACUAAUGACUGAUUUAUUAAGAUAAAGACUAAUGACUGAUUUUUGGUUAAAUUAUUUUUAAAGUAUCUUUCAUGUAUAUACCUUUUUUCCUCUGUUAUUUGUAUAUAGGUCAACUCUCAAUUUUAUAAUCACCUGGGAAGGGAAGGGAGUUGUACAUAUUCAGCCUGAAGUGUUUUAUGUUAGACUUUAAUAAACUUGUUUUGUAUUUUUCCCUCACCUUGUGCGUGCUAUUUAUAACUGCAAGGGGAAACAACAAGAGGCGGAGGGAAGCAGUCUAACAUAACCACCACUAAAGCACCCUGUCAGAAAGACGUAAGGUUGCCCUAGGCACAGGGCACCAACACAGCAAGGAUUAGUGCAUUUUCUUGGCAGCAAAACCACCCAAUUUUUCUGAUAGAAAAUAUUUUGGAUCUGUUCAAACCCAAUUAAACAAGAACUUCAUUCUAAAUGCAAUCUCAUGUGGUCACUCUUACAUUAGUACUUUUUUCUCCCCCACCCUUGUUUUGAGGGAUGGGGGAUUAUUAUUUUUUUUUUCCCUGAGUGCUUUGAAGGUAUACUUUAUCUGCUCAAGUAGAUAUUCGGUGGAUUUAUUUAUCAGAAUUUGUAUCUUAAUUUAUUUUUACUCAAUUGUUUAAUUUUACAGGAGGUGGUAUACUGGCUAGAGUAUGAAGAAGGACUUAAUCGACCUGCCCUAUACCACUAACCUGCUGACUUAGUCAUUUUCCUUCCUUUCAAAGUGAGACUAAAAUGCUGCCUUUCUGAAAGGUGCUCUGAGUUCUGGCAGCUACAAGAAUUUGCUAACAGAACAGGAUUAUGCUUGUUGUAGUACUAAAACAGCAUGGCAAGAAUUUCUAGCCUACGUGAAUUCUCUCGUUCAAAAGAGCACAAGGAGAUGUCUUCUAAGAAAUUCAGGGUCGGGGUUUCAGAGAAAGGAAAGCAGUGUCUUUGGCAUAGGCCUCUUUAAACAAGACUUUUUUUUUUUUUGGUAUAAGUAGUUAUAGCUUGCAGGAAUCUGUUUAUACAAAAGUCAGUAAGAAUGACACCGUAGCCCUUUCUUAUGAGCUAUUCUUAUUGAUCUCAUCAAUAAUGCAGAGUGCUCCUGUUAAAUAAGGGUUCACAUGGAGAAAAACAUUUCAAAAAACACGCUAGCAUUUUUGAAUGUGAUGCCAUUAUGCUGUUGAUUUUUUGUGUACAACAGCAUUGCUAUCUUAUAUCUACUAAAAAUAAAACACUGCUGUUGGUAGAGUUGAAAUUGACUUGAUAGAUUUGAUUACCUGUUAUCACAGCAGUUUAACAAGAUUUAACAAUUUUAAGACAACUUUCAGGCAACGAAGUUAGCCUGAACUUCAUGUACGGGACAAGGGAAGGACAGAUACAGGGAAAAGUGAUACCUAAAUCUGAAUCUUGUAAUGGUCUUUCUGGCAAGAAAUUCUCCAAUCAGUGUGUCAGCACUAAUAGUUACUUUAGAAUAUCACAGUACAACCUGCAAUGCUCCAAAGAAGCAAGAUGCAGAAAAACAAUGUUUGCUAAUGCAAGCCAGUAUUACAGCUCAUCUACUUUUUAAAAAAGUUUCGAUUCGGAUAGUAUGCAGGUCCUGCUCAAACAGUUACGUUCUUUGUACCUUCAACCUCUGUUUGUGUUGUUCUCUUCUUCCUGUGCAACAACAGCUAAAACACAAGUGGCUGUCUAGGCUAGGCUUCUCACAGGGUGACCAGAGACCAAAUUUGUGCUAACCAAGAUGGUCACAGGUUAAGACGUCCAUAUGCAGGCCAGAAAGGUAAAUAAAUUUCCGUUCUCCUGCUCAGCGCUCACUUUUUGGGUAUUACAUUUGUUACGCUGUUCUGUGAAGAGAACAUGGGGGAACUCCUGGUCAGGAGGGUGAAGAAAACUUGCUCAGGUCCUAAACACUGGCUCUAGCAGGCAAGCAGGUUGAGGGAGCAGAGACAGAGGUAAGUGCACUGAGCAGGUACGUUUGUUCUACUACACAGAAGUUGAUUGACAAGGAGGUCUAAGUCCUCCGAUGACACUAAGCAAUUUUUGGACCAACAAAGCCCAGCUAAUUUAUGUUCUAAAUAUUAAAACAAACAACAACACAGUAGCUACCAAUACCACUCAUGGUCAUUUCAGAUUGAUAAAGCGUAUCCAUACACCUCUCUGUUUCUACACUACCACUGUGGUAAUACACGUCACUGCUUUUUAAGUACACUGUUGAAAUUACUUUCCUAUCUUUUUCUUUUGACUUCCGUUUUACAGGUCUUUUGCCUGUGCGCACAUGCGUUUACGGAUUAUUUUGUUACAUGGCACAUUUAGAUAUGCAGAAGAUUGCAUUAGUGAAAACUCUUGAGCAAACCUCUGUCAUACUUGGGUCAUUUUGUUGUUUUAGACUUGACAAGAUCUGUGCUCCUACAGGUAUAAGCAGAAUGGAUGGAAAAGGAAACAAUCUGAGUGAUUCCCAAACUUUUAAGCAGCUUGUAUCCAAAGCAUUAAACAAAUUUUAACUACCUUUA